AUGUUGUAUGCCCAUCCAGUGUUUAUCGCCAGUCCCAUAAUUAGUGGAUCUAUGACUCUAACCUCACAAGUCCAGUUAACAUUCCUUUCUAAAUCGACCGCGACUGAGUCGACGAACCUAACGGAUGAUCAUAUAUCUGCUAGCUACACACAGAAUUCAAUUACAACCCAGGACUAUGAAUCACCCUCUUUCGCCUUCUUGGGAACCUGGAGCGAUACGACAAUAUCAUCGGCAGCGACCUUCAAAUGGAUCAAUAUUACAACAGGUAGGGUUCCUGACGUACCAGCCGAAACAUCAGGAGCUAUACUACAUGGGGAGCUUCUUAUUUCUUUGAAACCCAAUCGAAAGUGGCUGACAGAUGAUAAGUUGAAAUCUCAAUAUGUUGAAGAAGUUAAGAAAACAAGGGAGGAGACUGUCGCUUUGAUCGACAAACUAAAUAUCAAGCACCCACACAUUUCGGAUUGUUCGAGAACGAAAAGAAAAAGAAGUCAGAUAACGGAACGGCAGCUUCGAGCUUUGAUUGUUGACCGGGGUAUUCUCUCAACCAUCACAAAUGCAGUCAAAGCAGCUAUUGCUGAUAUAGGAAAGAUUCUUAGUUGCGCGGGUGAUGUGAUCAAGAAUGUUCUCGAUGUCGUUGAAAAUAUAACGCCUGACUUAAACGUAAUUGAAAACUUAACAGAUACUCUAGCAGAAAUUGGGGAGUCAUUAGAAGAGAAGAAUGACACGAAAUCUACUACAACUGAAGGAAGCCCUAGCAGUACUUCGACAGAUUCGUCAACAUCCUCUACUUCUUCUGGUACCUCUUCGCAGACCUUCAUAGAUUUCCAGGUUCUCGCUAAGACUUACCGUAACCUCAACUACAGCAGUCCAUCGUCGAGCGGAAGUCACAAGUCAUUCCUGCAGCACUACAUGCUCUAUUUAUACUGAUGGCUGUAUCCCAACGGCCACAACUUCUACUACGGCACUCGAAAGCACAAACAAACCGGAUUUUCGAUGUUCUCCUGACAAUCCAAAGUGUGCCCCGAAUGUAUUGGAUGCGCUGCCCGGUCGAAGGACAUCAUGUGGCGACUACCUGAAGGACGAUGCGGACCAUUAUGUGAGUGAUCUAUCUAUCGUACAUUAUUUCCUGUUUUGAAUUUACGAUAUGUUUUGAUUUCAAUAUGUGGAGUCAUGCUAAAACGAAACUAACAAUAUGGGGUAAUUUCUAGUAAAAACAACGUAAGUCGUCAAAUAUCCAGUCAACUAGGAAUACAAAAAAUACAUUAUUGCACCCGUCAGGUUAUAGAGAACACGAUAUCUUUGACAUCACGAAGCGCUGGCUUUUAGGGCCUCAAGACUUUAAAAACGACGUCUGGGUAUUUAUGGAAAACAAGCUAACGUCAGCCACGUUUGUCGCUCAUGGCCAACAGUCAAGCGGACCGUUCUCUAUAAAUUCUUCCGUCGUAUUAGAAAGGGAACUUGGUAAUGAACGGGUAAAUUUGGGUAUUACAAAUCUGUAUGGUUGUACUGUUGUGCUUGUGACUUCACAAAAGGGAGUUUGGCUUUCCCAAUUCUGGCAAUAUCCCUCAUUCGUUGGUGAUGAGGCUCACUAUCGUUUUGAAUACGAAGUUUUGAAUACUUUGGACGCUGGGUGCGCUUUCGAUCAAGCAAAGAAGGGUUAUGGCUCUGGAAUCAGGUGUCAAACAGGUCCUGGGGGAUUGUUUGCUGACCCAAUCGAUCCUGAGGUUGUUGUCAUCACUCCUAGGUUGAGAAUAUUGAGUGCCCCGGAGGGCGAUACCGAGUAUCCUGUGGAAAUCGAGCAGAUAAAGUCCAAGACACGCGAAAUAAUUCUAAAUAUACCGGAACCUAAAGUUGUCGGUACAGCAAGAACAAUCAAAUCUACUGUACUAAAACAUAUUCAUUCGCAAUCAUUGGGGGAGCAAAAUUACGAUAGCAUCGGAUAUCACCAAACUGCCGUAUAA